AUGCUUUUCAAAGUAAAUAAUCAAAAAGUGCAUCUGCUCCCCUUUUUUAAUGAACAAGACAAUUUUGGCAUUGCUAGCUAUCUCUGCAUCAUAGAUUCUGCUAAUGUGAUGAAAAAUGGCUUGGGAUGUCCUUCAUGCACCAACUCCAGUUCAAGCUUCACUUUACAUGGAUCUGCAGUAACAGAGGAGAAAUUGAACUUUCAAAAUCCUUUUAUUCUGCCGGAUCAACUGUGCAUCACUGUGCAUUUACGAGAAUUAUCAGACACAACUGAUUUCCUGUAUGAGCUUUGCCUACUAACAAAAAAUCAGAAACAGGUAACCAGACAUCAGAAACAAGCGUUAACAGUCAAAAAUGAUGCCCGUAUUGCAGAAUUUGUAUUUUCAAGGGAAAGUGGAAUCAAAUCUGGAAGUUGCGGAACUGAGAAAGCACUUGUCGACUCUACUUUAAGCAAAUGUAUUGUUUCGAAAAGUUACAAAUCAUGUAAUGGAAUGCUUUAUCAGUUAAGCGUUUUAUUAUCUAUCGCCUUUCAGCUAGUUACUACGGUGACCGAAUCAAUACGUGCAUUGUUGGAAAAGAAAAAGGACUUAGAGGAGAUACGCAAUUCACUGAAGACAAGAUCCUACACUUAG